CAAUUUUUACAUUGCAAAAAAUCUCUAUUUUGUGUAUUAUAUUCGUAAUUUGAGAAAGAAUUCAUCAAUGUCGCAGACUAUUGGGGCGAACGCUUUUAGGGAGGAAGAAGAAAACGCUGCAGAACUCAAAAUUGGAGACGAAUUCUUGAAGGCAAAAUGUCUCAUGAAUUGUGAGGUGGCCAUACUUCUUGAGCACAGAUGUGAGCAACUUAGGCAUGUGUCUGAGGAUGCCAUGAAUCAAGUUCCUCAGGUAUUUGAGAAGUCACUGCAGUAUGUCAAGCGCUUUAGCCGUUUCAGCAACCAGGAAGCUGUAAAGCAAGUUAGAGAAGUCCUUAGUCGAUAUGGGUUGACAGAAUUUGAGCUUUCUGUGCUUGGAAAUUUUUGCCCUGAAAAUGCAGCGGAAGCUAUUGCUGCCGUGCCAACUCUCAAGACUAAGGGACGAGGCCUUGAUGAAGAAACCAUUCAGAAAUUAUUGGAUGAGCUAGCGAUGAUUAAAAAGUUCCAAUUAUAAGCAGUCAGUAGUUGGCCCCUUUACUUCCUUGAGUUAUUUAGCUUCAAAUUAAAUAUCUUUGAAUGUUGAGUUCUGAAGCAGUAUACCAAAAGUCUAUUGAUCAACUACCAUUGAAACCUUUUCAAUUUUCUUUGGUAGGUUCUAAAGUUUGAAACGAUGGAAUGAAAUAACUUAGAGUCUGUUUGAUGAUUUGUUUGAUUUGAAGGGAGGUUGGGAGAGCUUUAGAAGAAAUAGAUCUCAUAUUU